AUGUGUCGACAAUUCAACGGAAAAAUUCCGACUCAUAAUCUGCUGAACCAGGAAAAGGUUGGCACCGACGGGAAAAUGGCUUGGGACUCUUAUCAACAGCUCGAUACGAUAUACGCUUGGUUAGACGAGACGGCUGCAGCUUAUCCCGACUAUGUGUCUGUGGAAGUGAUCGGAAAUUCGUUCGAAGGCCGAGACAUGAAAGUGCUCAAGAUUCAACGCCCGUCCCCGGACGGCUCCCCAAAGGACGAGGUCUUCAUUGAAGCCAACAUCCACGCCCGGGAGUGGAUCACUUCGGCUACCGUCACAUGGAUGCUUAAUCAGAUGCUGAGUUCCUCCGACUACGACGACAUCCUCGACAAGUUCAAUUUGCACGUUGUCGUCAUGGCUAAUCCCGAUGGGUUCGAGUACACCCAUGUCGCCGAAAGCAAGCGUGCUUCCGAAGUUGACCUCGGUUCGCUGCUCGGGCAACCGAAUUCCGAGAACCCGAUUAUGCGGACUGGUCGUACUGAGCUCGGUUUUCGUUCCCGCACAACCGCAUGUGGCGAAAGACUCGCGGGGAAACUGACUCCUUCUUCGGGUGCUUCGGGAUCGACGGGAACCGCAACUGGGACUCGCACUGGGCUGAGUUUCGAGGCUAGGGCACUCGAACUCGUCCCGGUCCUUAAGUCGCGUGAUUUAUCUCGAUCAGAGUCCGGGUCCAGCGGAGAGCCUUGCUCUGACACUUACCACGGCGAGGGCCCGAAUUCGGAACCGGAAGUCCAAGCCAUGGUCAACUACGUUCAGGCGUUGACGGCGGCGACCGGAAAGGGACUAGCGGCUUUCGUGAGCUUCCACAGCUACUCGCAACUGAUGCUGCUGCCCUGGAGCCACAGCGCGAACCCCAAACCCGACAACUUCGCCGAGCUGAUGGAGAUGUCGGAGAUCGUUGCCAACGCGAUACGCACUCGGUACGACACUGAAUACACGUACGGAAACACAGUGGAAAUCUUGUGUGAGUAUGAUAUCUGA